GGCGGCAAUUCAAAAUUCGGAACUUUUGGUGGCCUCAUUCGUUGUGGAAGCUGAUUUGAAGUGAAUGUUUUUUUGGAAUUUUUAUUUUUGCUAACUUCUGUGCCUUGAGCCGCUUUUGAUGUGUAAAAAAAAAAUGUAAAAGUAUCUGUGUGUGUAUAUGAAACAUUUAUGAUUUACGACGAGUCACCAGCAAAACGAGAAAAGAAAAAAUAAGUAAAUGCACGCAUUUAUUUAUAAAUAUUACCGCUAACCAGUGAAAAAGGGUUUGUCAGCGUUGCUAUUUGUUUACUUAGCGCGCGCUUAUCAGUUUAACCAGAAACUGACAUCGAUAACGUGAAUAAGACCCUCAAUGCAAUUAGUCAAAUUGAAAUCGGAAAAGUCUGAAAAUAAAUAAAACGCUGAUAAAGUCAAGUCCAAAAGAAAUUUGGUUGCCAUACUUAGGAUAAAAAUAAAUCAAACAAAAGAAAAAAAAAAAAAAAAAAAUUACAACAUUUUCACUAAAGUAGUGCCAACCAUAAAUGUAAAGUGCCAAAUUGUAGUAGCAGUAAAAGAACAAACUACGCAAGUAACGAAACCAAAGAUAUACAUCCAAAAUUAGAAAAUAGCAUAAAAUCAAACGACCAAAAAAAAAAACAAACAAAGAUUAAACAUAAAACCACCAAAAAUGUCGGGCAUAUUCCGUAGCACUUCGUUGAACAACACCAGUCAUUCUACACCGCAGAAACGCUACUCUUUUGGCGCUUUUUGCACAAGUCCGAGCACACUGAAGGAUGUUACAAUGGAGCACCCAUAUGGAGUGGGAUUUCCGUGCGUCAGCUUGCAAGGACAUGGCGUGUCAUCGCCACCUGUACAAGGGCGUUCAGUGCGCGAAUUCGAAGAGCAAAUGGCAUCGCUACGUAAAGAGAAUUUCAAUCUAAAAUUACGCUUAUAUUUUUUGGAGGAAAGUGUGCCAGGUUAUCAUCAAUCGAAUGCAGAGGGUCCGGAGUCGCUGAUGAAGCAGCUGAUUGAUACGAAGGUUGAAAUUGAAAUUUUGCGUAAGGAACUUGAAGAGAAGCAAGAUUUAUUGAAGGAAGCUGCACAGGCCAUGAAUCACAUGGAACAAAUACAAAAAGAGACUGAAACCAAGGGACAAGCCUUUAUAGACGAACUAAAACAGAAGAUACAAUUUUUGGAGAUGGAACGCGAUUUGGAUAAAACUCAUCACAGCGGUUUUAUGAAUGAUUUGCUCGGACACUCAGAUAUAUCGGAAAAUGUGAAUGCUUUACAAAAAAUUCGUGAACUUGAGGGCAUGGUCACACAGUCCGAGGGUAAAAUGCAUGCGUUACAAAUGCAAAACUCGAAAUUGGAAGAGAUCAUAGCAAAACGCGAUGAGGCAAUCAAAGAAUAUGAGGAAAAAGUAAAAGAGUUGGCAUUUCAAAAUGCUGAACUGCUGGAAACGAUGGAGAACAAGGAGAAGGAAAUGGCGACAGCGGAGCUCGAAUUGAGGGAGAAAAAAAUGCAGUUGGCUGAUAAGCUUUGUGAAUUAGAUGAUGCUCAAGAGGAAUUGAAAAAGUUGCGAAAAAGUUAUGACACCGCUUGUCGUACACUACAACAACUAUUGCAACGCGAGAAAAAUCUACAGGAUAGCGGAAGCCGUACGCUGAGUGACUCAGAGGCUUUACAAAAUAGUGCACAAAAAUGCGAUCAUGAGAAAACGAUUAAGAGCCUUGAAUCCGAAGUGAAAAAGAAGACUGCUGCCUUGCAGAACCUUGUGAACAACGAACUUUGGCAAAAGAAUCGUGAAAUUGAGCGUCUUACCAAAUUGAUCAACGCCAACACUACAUCCCCGCUCUCUCCGACCGCGGCUCGUAAGAAUCUAGAGUCUCUCCAACUACAGCAAUCCUUCACCGAAACUGACUACACGAAAGCCUUAGAGCACAACAAACUGCUGCAACGUAAAGUGGACGUGCUGAAUCAGCGUCUUGUCAGCGAACGUACCAAUGAUGCUUUGAUCGAAGAGCUGCGCCGCGAAGCGCGCACAGCACGCGCUGAAGCUGACAAUGCAGAGACAUGUCGACGCGCAUAUGCUAAGGUCUUCGUAGCGCUUUCCGAUCGUCUCUACGAAUUGGCCGGCUUCCUCAAUUCUCUAAUGAAGAACAAAGAAGUGCUGAGUUUUCUGUCGACCGAACGGCGGCGUGCUAUGCGUACUGCUGUUGACUGCAGUCUUGAUUUGUCUACGAGCAUUCGUGAGUCAUUGACUAUAGGUGAACAAAGUUUCGAAGGUAUAAGUAAUCUAUCACGUCUGCUGAUGGACGAUGAGGAGCGCGAAAGCUGUUUGGUUAGUAAGACACCCAAUUCGCAAGAACAAUUCCGUGGCCGUCAAUCUUUCGAUGUGUUACGCUCGGAGAAUAGGGCGUUACGUAAGAUUUUGGACAGUCGUCGCAGCUGUGGUGGUGCGGAUUAUGCGAAAGAUGCCAAGGAGCGCCGCUCAUUACCGCCAUUUUUAUUGGAUAAUUUGAGCGAAUCUGAAGCGUGGUCUGAACCGGAUCGUCAGGUAUCGAUGGCACGUAUUGGACUGGAGGAGCAUGCAACCACAGCCGCUGCCGUCACAGCCAAGGACUCAGCCACCAAACAAACACCGCCCACGGCCGAAACAGAUAGCGAGAGCGAAAGUGAUGUGCUGCAGCAGAGUCGUACAAUGAAGUUGCGAAAUCAGGAGCGCAUCGCCCAGCUGGAGAAACAAAUUGCGCAGCGCGAUGAUCGCAUUCUGAUGAUUCAAUUCCAAUUGGUGGAAGCGGACAAUAAUUUGAAGAAAGAGUCGCUGCGUGCCACAUCGCUGACGCAAGAGAUCGAACAGUUGCGUCACCGCAAUGAAGAGUUAUUAACAGAUCUGAUAUCAAUAGGCGGCGAACAGUCAAAGGAUGGCACCGCUAUGUCUGAGAGCUUCCAUCUUAAUAAUUCUCUACUACAGCGCCAAAUAGAUGAAAAGUGUCGCGUCAUUGAACAAUUGCAAGAGGAACGCGAUCGCAUCACUGUGGAGGCGCGUUUGGCCGAGGUGCAAGUGGGUGCGCUGAAAGCCGAUAUUGAAGAUAUCAAACAAAAGUACGAAAUUCAGCUGAAACUAGCCAGCGAAAAAGAGCGUCAGCAUUUGGAUGAGCUCAAGAACGAAUUGGAACAACUCAUGCAGCAGCGCUUGAAGGAGCAAGAGCGUGUACACAAGGAGACGCUGACGCGUGAAUGGGUCGCACGCACAACGUACGAUGAUUGCAGAACUCAAUUAACCAACAUGCAAUCACGGUACAUAGAGUCUGAACGCACCAUUGAAUAUCUGACGGACAACGAGCAAGACCUGAAGCGAGCGCUGAUAACUAGCGAAAUGGAGAUACGUGGACUGAAAAAACAAUUGGACGAGAGCGUGCUGCAAGCCUCCAAGGUGGUUACCGAACGCACAAAAUUAUGCAACGAGAAAUUGCAGCUGGAGAAACGUUUGAUGGAGUUGCAACAACAAUUGAGCGCCGCCGGCACGCUGCAGGAGGAAACAAAAAAACGCGUCACCGCGCUUGAACGCUUACAACAAACACUAAGCGAGCAAUUACAACAAUCGCAAAUAGCGGCAGAAAAUCGACCAAAUGCCAGCGAUACUUCGCCGUCAGGCUAUGCCUCGGACGAUGUGCAAAAGUCGUGCACAAAACGCGACAGUAACUCAUCGCCCGAUCUAGGUAUACACAGUGAUACGGGACGCGUGUCCAGCCUGGAAAUGUCGCACAUGCAACGUUCGCUGCUAAAGACUGUGACGGUGCCAGAAGCGGCCAGUGAGUUGGCGGCAAACGAAGACACAACAUACAGUUUACAGGAUAAGAAACACAUUAGCAACUUAGCAGCCAACAAACGCGUACAGCAUAGCUUAUCUUCCGAUCUGGGCAUUGACAGCGAUGCAGGGCGCACGCGCAGCGCGGAUGCCAAAAAGGAAUCCCCGGGCAGUGCAGAGACCGACGACAGCAACACGGAGAACAAGAUGAGUGUAGCAAAUGUGAAUACGAGCAAUGCAAACACCUCUGGUACCAGCGGCACAAUGCCAAUACACGACUGCAUCAAGGUAGAGCAAGAAAAUGCCGAAUUGCGUCGUAAGCUCGCGCAAACGAAACGCGCAUUCGAAGAUACCUACAAAAAAUUGCACAUUUCCAAUAAACGCAAAGAAAACUUUGAAAAGGAGGUUAAAGAGCAAAUACUGAAAACGAAAAACACACUAAAAUAUGCGCGCUUCCAUAUGUCUAAAGUGCAGCCACCACCUAACGCACAGCAUCACCAUCACCAUCAGCAAGAGCAACCGCAAUCAACGCACCAGGCACAUCAUCAACAAACACAACAACAACCACAACAACGUAAUGUAACAAAUGUUGAUGAUGGUGAUAACACAACAAAGUCGAGUAGUGAUGCACCGCAUUAGAAGGCAUUAGAAAAAAGCAAUAGAAGCGACUAAAUCAUCACGCACAAAUACAUGCAUCUGCACAAUGCACGACGCACACUCACUAACUACAUACAGAUGGCUAAAUAUUUUAAUUUAGUGAAUUACUAGUUUUAUUUAACAUUUAUAUAUAGUUAAAAAAUAAUCAUUUUUAGCGCCUAAGCACUUUUUAUAUAAAGACAUUUAUUAUUUAUAUUUAACUCUAUUAGAAAGUAUUUAUAUGUAUGUAUUGGCGUUAUGAGAACUUGUUGAAUGAAUACAUGUUAUUCGAGCAUAAUUUAUUUACCUAACUUUAAGUGAUUAACCGCAUAUUUUCAGUCAUUUAACAUACAAAUGUAGAUUAACAGAAUGUCCUCAUUAAAUUACAUGUUAAUUUUAGCUCCUCAUUAGUCUAGUGAA